CGUUUCGAACCACAGUAGAUUAACACGAAGUUCAUAACUAUAAAACACUUACACAAUGGAGCAAUACAAAUUAAUCUUUGGAUGUUUCUUAAUUUGUGCCUUUUAUUAUGGAUUGAAAUGUGAAGUUUGUAAAAGAGAUGGUCUUUAUUCUUAUCACUGUGAGGGUUUGUGCAAUGGUUCACUUACGCUAUUCUGUGAUGAGUGUUGUAAAUUAAAUGGUACUUGGCGCUGUGUAGUAAGCACUAGAUAUCAUCAAUGCGAGACUUCGCCCAGAACCACUACUACACGUGCAUCGAUUUCCGAAAAGACCAAAACCAGUGGAACAUUAUCAACUGGAGCAGGAAUUGGACUCGGGGCAGUAUUAGUUGUUAUUGUUAUAUUUGUAAUACUGUAUGUAUUAAAAAGACGUAUGCGUCUAAGUUUGCCACACAAUAACCCAGGAACUAACAACGGUGUUGUUCAUAAUUUACAACAACCGACUCGAAAUCACAUUAUGUUCAUUAGCGAUUAA